AUCUAGAAAACUCAAGAAAAUUGAAGCAAAUCACAAAUUAUCCAUAAAUAACAUGUUUAAUUGAAAGCUUCUUUCUUUCAAUUAAGUUUCUCUACUCUACUCUCCACUCCAUAACAUCAACUUCAUUCUACACAAUUAAAAAGAAAAAAAUUAGACAUGUCUCCACAAAUAUAAAUAAGAUUAGUUGUUUAGAAUAUUAAAUAUACCGAAAAAAUUAAUUAUAUGGAUGAGCGGGUACCCACGGGCCGGGUUUAUCAAACCCAAACCCAACCCAACCCGGUGAAUAGUUAACGAUAAUGAAGAUGUCUUGAGAGUGGUGUUUGGUGCUCGCUCUGGCUAUGUUCGCGGAAAAGGUACUGGGUACAAGUCAACUGCAAAGGGUAUGACAAACAAUCAGAAUUGGAAGAUAGAAAAACUGGAGGCUCAAGUUGUUGACCUAACUGCAAAAUUAGCAGAUCAAGGCAAACAAAAUUAUCCUUAACCCAAAGGUUCGAAAAAUUGAUGGAAAUGAUGGAAAAUGAAAGGCAUGAAUCAUCUUCUCGCAGUGGGCAAAGGGAGGAUGCUCUCACUUCGGAAGACACACGUGGAGAAGAAUAUACAAGGGAUGAAUGUUCUAGUAAGGCUAGACGUGCGAAUAAGAAACGAAGUGCACCACACAAGCAGGUUUCGAACUCAAAAAGGAAAAAUAGGGAGCUAAGAGAAGAAUGAUGGUUGUUGGUGGAAACAUGGUGCCGUAUGAAGAGUUAUAAGUGUCAGUCUUUUUUUUUAAGAGAGAUAAUAGAACAAAUCAUUGAUUUAGAACUUGUUAUCCAAUAUUUUCUUAGUUUUUUCUUGUUUCAUUAGAGAAUGGUUAUUCUUUUAAACUAUAAAUGUUGGUUUGCCUAGUCUUGGAUGGGAU